UUUACAAAUUAAUUUUUAAUAGAGAUUUUAAGAGAUUUCUUUUUUCAGGCUACAGGGUUGUUUCACGACGUCAGCUUAGGUGUACACAUGCAAUUGACUAUAGUGAGGAUUAUAAGAUUAGAAGUGGAAGGAAAUGAAUUGAAUUUGUCGCUAAAUCAAGACGCGAAUGCGACGUUGAAGCGUUUCCAAGAGUGGCAAUACUCCAUGAAUCCUGGCGAUGAUUCUCACCCAAAUCACCAUGAUUGUGCGAUUCUCAUUAGCAAGUUAAAUAUCUGUGUCUCGAGAAACCUCUGCGGUUUCACCGGAACAUCCACGAUUGCUGGUACGUGUGAUCCUUUGAGAGGCGCAGCCAUUGUGAGAGAUGCCGGUCUGCCAACCGGUUAUCAUAUAGCUCAUCAGAUCGGCCACACCCUGGGUAUGUCCCACGACGUGCAACGGGAGAACGGCUGCCACGGUAUAGUUUAUCACGGGAACGGAUACGCGGAGACCACCGUUAUGCAUCCCGGCGACAUGUACAUCACGAAAAAAUGGUCCGAGUGCUCUCGGCGCUACCUGCGCUCGUACAUCGAGCAAGGUUUGGGAUUCUGCUUAGAGGACGAGCCGCAAGAUCAUCAUUUUCUCGCUGCGGAGAUGUUACCGGGAGUGAUGUAUAACGGUGACGAUCAAUGCCGUUUACAGUAUCGAUUAGACGCUCGGCAGUGCGAUAUGGGAAUCACUUGCGAGACCCUCAGGUGCGCCAUUCCCGGUAGAGGUUGCGUGUCUAGCAAGAAACCACCUGCGGAGGGCACCUCGUGCGGUGAGAAAAGGUGGUGUUACCGAAUGAAGUGUCUGAUGGUGGGAGAACGACCCGGAGUAAGAGACGGCGGUUGGGGCGCCUGGUCCUCCUGGAGUAAGUGUUCUCGUACCUGCGGUUCCGGCGUCGCAUACGCCGUAAGAAAAUGCAACCAACCGUCCCCGUCUAGAGGCGGCUCUUAUUGCGUCGGCGACAGGAAACGUCACAAAAUCUGCGCCACUGAUCCCUGCGAAAUCGGUGUGCCAUCAUUUCGUGACGUACAGUGCGCUGAAUUCAAUGAUUGGGUAUUUCCGGAGGACGGAAAGGUUCAUCAAUGGACAGCAUACAAUUUACCGGAAAACUUGAAGAUGUCUGAAAAUCCCUGUGCUCUUUAUUGCAUGAGCGAAACUAAUUUAGUGACCUCGUUGAGACCGAAGGUAGUAGACGGAACUACUUGCUACAGAGGUAUUCGAGAUAUUUGUAUCGGAGGUGUUUGCAAGGAGAUACCCUGUGAUCUACGUAUGGAAUCAACUGCUGUUGAAGAUGUUUGCGGAAUUUGUAGAGGCGACAGCACAUCGUGCAUGUUAAAACAAGGAUCAUUAUCAUUUAUGGCUCAAACAGGACUCAAGAAGAUAACGGACAUACCGACCGGCGCGAGGAAUAUUCGCAUCGAGGAGACGGAACCGACGAAGUCUAGGAUCGUAGUGCGCACCAAAAGUACGAAAACCGUGUUAAUUGACGGUAAUAGCCUAGGAAUGUUCGAUGUGCCAGGCUCUAAGGCGUGGCUAGGAAUGAUAAGGCCAAAGCAAGAAGCUUUAAAUAUACCAGGACCCGUCACUGAGGACUUGGUUAUAUUGGUUUUACCAAAGGAGAACGUCACAUUGAAAUACUCAUUAGGAUUGAAGCAACGAAUUCGCCGUAAAGCCGAGUUCUCUUGGGACUUCAUCGACUGGGAAAAAUGCUCAGCAGGUUGCGGGCCGGGAGAGCAGAUAUCAAAACCCCGUUGCAUAGAAAAAAUCGGUGGUCUAGUAGACGAUAAAUUUUGCAGAAAUACCACUAAACCAGACGCAAAGGUCAGACCAUGCAAUCAAGCUCCCUGCAUACCGCGAUGGAUCAUUGGCGAAUGGCAAGGCUGCACGCCGUGCACGCCUAACUGCAAGAGAAGGCGCGCUGUCAAAUGUAUGCGACCCGUCGGCCGUGGCGAGCAGGAUGUCGACGUGAUCGAGGACAGCUACUGCCAAGGACCGAAGCCGAGGGAGUCGGCGGCUUGCGAAGCCAGCCGACGAAGAAGAGAAGGCAGAAGUACCGCCGACGGCAAAUAUAGGCUCUCUUCCGCUCGUCCGAGCACGCUAACGCGACAAAACGACUUCAUUAAAGCCGCUCGAGAGCCCGCUAAGACGCCUUUAAGCGACAUCAUAGUAGAAGACCGACAUCCGAAUGACUGGUCCGUGUCGAGACGAACUGGGAAUCCAAGCAAUCUCUCUUGUUUGAUCGGCACCGGGUAUGUUAAUGCACUUUCAAGUAAGACGAUGGAUUUAAUUCCACUAGACGGCUCGAUUCGAAAUUCGACUAAGGCAAAUCGAGAUCGCUCUCAGAUUGAUAAAAGAUCAAGGAAUAUACGGAACCGCAAGAAGGAAGAGACUAAUGUGAGUAAGAUCAAGAAGGGCGAGGAAGUGAUCGAUAAAGAGGAUGUACAGAAUUUGACGCUUACGAUUAUUCUGGAACGCGAUGAGAGGAAUAUCAUCACGAAUUUUCCCAAGAAUUUUGUGCCUUAUCCACCGGAAAAUAGCACGGAAUUUACUUUAGUCGGUAUGGAUGCUCUCAGAUACAUACAAAAGAUUCAGGAGGAAGCUCGUGCAUUUUUCUGAAUCCCGAUCUCUUUUGCGAGAAAUUCUUACGGGAUAUACUGAAUCGAUGAAAACGAAUGAUCGCGGAAAAAAAUUCGGACGUUCCUUGGACUAUAAAAGAGAGAAGAAUUAUUAUCGUGCAAGACACAUCAUCUAUACAUGUGUGAAUAUAUCGAUUACUCUGAUUUGCUUCUUUGAAAGCGGCACUUGGAAAACGAAUUUGUAUCGAUCCGAACGAUGGUUAUGUGAUCCAUCAAAGAGACUUUUACAAGUCAUUGAAUAGAAUCACGACAUCAGGGUGUUGCUUUUCAGAGCGAGACGCGCGCACGUGCAGAUUGCCGAUACUCGAAGCGAUAAAAACAAUCGUUACGUUAUACGACCGAAUUAUGCUUACGGCGCGUGCUUUUAUAUAAGUGUAUUGGAUUUUAACGAUCACAAUCACGGCCCACGCUGAAUGACGAUUGUAAAGAGUCGCGAAGUCGCAAGAUGAAUCGUUCGAUUAAAUCAGCGACGUUGUUUAAGUCCGGCUAACACGACCGUAAUUGACGGUAAAGCGGCGAUAGAUCUGCUAGAACCCGAAGAUAAUCUCUCAAUAUGUGGCGGUAUACGCAAUGAGAAUGACGUGCGACAUAAAUUACACCUGAAUGACGCGAGGAUGUCUUCCCGCAACCCACUGACCAACCUCGCUAUUGAAUGAUAAUCUUCCAGAUUCAUCGUUUGUGCGUUACUUAUGGCGGAAAUGAUACUUUGUAAUGAUCCGAGAUUGCGAACGUGUUUUCUUAAUAUGUGAUCUGUAUCCUGGUGAUAUUAUUGAGAAAAGUCUGACGUGCGAUAUUUUCUUAUACUAAUAAAGAUUAAGUAAUAAGGAAAAAAACGCACGAAUCAUUAAUCUUGAGUUUGUACUUGUUCCACGUAAUCUCGUAAUAUAAACGUUCAUCUGUCCGUCGGUUUGAUCGAUCAUAUCGCAUGUCGCUUAUUGUUAUACAAUAUUUUGUGCUCGUCACGCGACUCUUUCAUAUAGUAUUAUAUUUUUUAUUCGAUUUUGACGGCCUUCAUACAAUCAUCAUGCAAUUAAUCAUAUCGUGAUGACGACGUGAAUCAGCAAAGAGCAAGUUUUUAAAUAAGUAUACCAAGAUGUUCAAAGUCCUAAUGUCACCUCUUUAAAAUACAUACGUAUUUAUAUAUUUCUGAAACUUAUACAUGUACAUCUAUAUAAAAUAACACGAGUUUAUUAUGCGAACAAUUUUUUUUUAUUAUUUAACGCUUCUUUUCCAACGCGAUAUCCAUUGAUAGAUCAUCAGUCUCUGUAGUAGAAACGGCGCGCGGAUUUACUGUCAGAUUAUGAUGGGCUAACUUUUCGAGAAGUUUGACCGCCUGUGAGCCCUUGUAAACCUUCUUCUGGCUCGUGUCAAUGCCAACGCCAACGAGAUCGCCAGCUUCCUGGAACGCCUUGUCUGACAGAUUAGACUGAAGGGACUCGUCCAUGUACGGCGCCUGCAGCAGUACAACCUUCUCGAUAGGUAUCGAAUCCUUGAUGAUCGAUCCGGGCUUCGGCGUGGUAAAUUUCUCCGUCUCGCAGGUGCGCUUACGCUUGUCCUCGUUUGUCAUCGCCCAGUCGUAAAGGAGCUGUCGGAAGUCCCGAGCGGCGCUCGUCCCUUCAAACUUGUCAUCAUCGUACAACUUGUCAUGGUUCUUCUCCAAGUAAUGGGCCAGGCCGAGAUCGACGAAUCUGUCAAUCAUUCUUCGCUGAUCGUCCGGUGAUAAGCUUGCUUUCUCCUUUACAUCUGCGAGCUCAUGCUCAUUGGUUUGUCGAGUUUUCUUGGGGCACAUCGUUUUACAGGGUCUUGUACCUGGUGCAUUGUGUACUUUCAAAAUCCAAUCUUUGAGCAUUUUGAAUUUCUAUUGCGAAUCAUAUCGGAUGCAUCUCAAAUACAAUAUAUCGCGAAUGCGAAACGUCACGUUUGUAUACCUAUGCACUCUUCUUUCUGCCUCGGCACGCGACCUUUGCAUGCAUUUAGAUUUGCUUGCACAUCGUCUUCUCCAGGUCGAGCACCGGGUCUUACGCAUUGAAUCUUGCGACGUCUCACACCUUUCUUCCCAUCACAGGCGUUACAUUUACUCCAUUGACUCACUCGCCAUCUACAUAAUCGAUCGACGAUAGACAAGAAUUUAUUUGCUUUACGUCAGAUUUAUCGAGCCAACGCUAAUGUGCGCGCAAAAUGCUAGAUCGAUGUUUACGCGAUAAGUUAACAUUUUAUUUAUUAGCAAACGUAUGCGAGCAUAGAUGUAGUAUUACGUCAUCGCAUUAAAAAAGUACUAAUUGUAAGAUCAUUUGAACAGAGACUUCUUAAUAUUGUAAGAAAUUUUUAUUGCAAUGUGUAAUUGUUAUUUAAACCGUUAAG